UUGUUUUUGCUAGAUAUCGAAUCACUUAUUCAAACAAAUAAUGAGGGUUUUGGUUUUUUGGGGUGCUUGUCUGGACUCUCUAGAAUUGUGAAACCUUGGGGCAAGCAGAAGAAGAAGAGAUCAAGAAUGGUGAACAAAGGGAAAGCUGCUGCUGCUGCUGCACAACAUGAAGUUAUCACUCAAAUGCAGCCUCAAAACACAAGUGGCGCUACAGAGAAAGAGAUCGAGAGAUCUGAAUCCAAAGCGCAUAAAACCCCUGCUAGCUUAUCAAUCAGAAAAAAAUGUUUGAAGUCUGAAACUGUGAAACCUAGGCGAUCCUCGCGUCUUCAAAGUCUAUUCCAGCCUGCUAAAGAUGUAGAGGUAGACACCUGUGUUGAGCACAUCAAUCUUGUUGAAAGCGAGAUGGAUGAUGGGACGGAUAUUGAUGAAGCUGAAAAGGAACUUGAGCCUUUCGCUGAGGAAGCUGAGGCAAUUCCAGAAGGCAAAAGCUUAGAAGAUAGGGUUGACGAGCUUCUUGGAGAUGUUGAAGUAUUAAAAAAUAAGGUUAACUCAGGAGACUUCUCAUCUAAAGGCUCGUCUUCCCUGAAUUACAAAGGCCUAUACAUAUAUUCUCAGAAGAAGGUUGAUGCAUUGACAAAGGAAAAUAUUCAGCUUCAAAAUCAGUUACAAAUUGCUCAAUUGAAAAUAGAAGCGUAUGAUAAUAUGAAGGAUGAUGUUCUAGACAAGUUAAAGGAUGCAAUCAUGGUAACAAAUAUGAGCAAGGCAACUGAUGCAGUGGUGAAUCUAUGUAAUAAAGUGCUUGACAGAUUUUCAGUCCCUUCUGCUGCUGACGAACCCAUCAACACAAACGUGACCAGGUCGCCAUCUAGAGAUGAGCGUCCAAGAAGAGGAAAGAAACAGGAUACAAUUAAAAAUUAAACCCUGUGGCUGAACUUUCUUAGAGGCUGAUUAUAGUUUCAGCAUUCUGUGCAUUUAAGACCUAUUUACGUAAGUCAUUUAGUCAUGUAACUAUGUAAGUAAUGAUUGCAGACGUGAACUGAUCCAGUGUAGAAUGUGUUCUUGUUUGCCUCUAUCGAGACUUAUCGUCCUUCGUUUCAUCAUCUUAAU